AUGGCCGCCACGAGUAUAAGGCUACCCACCCACGGCCUCUACCAAGAAUACCGUUGCAGGAAGCAUAGAUAUCCUCGCUAUUACCGACUCAAAUGGGAACACUUAACAAUACCAGUAAAGGAUGUGAAGGAUGCCCUGACCAGCCGUCUCCAGUAUAGUUUCUAUGGCGUUUUCGCAUCUACAGUCUGCCUCUCUCUGAGGGAUGCAGUACUUAUUCCAUUCAACGGUCUUUGUUGGGACGAAAACCAAGGAGUAUACUUGGAUCGUUCACUGUAUAUCAUCGUGGACACCGGCGUGGUGGAGAAUUGCACAACUGCUUCUUGUCAACAACCUUCUCUUUAUCUACAGCUGGGUGACGAAUGGUCGACCGUGGAAAGUUUCCGAACAAGCGGACUUCAGUUCUACAGCAGGUAUGGAAAUCUCCUUCAAGACCGGGAAACAGUGUUCGACCGUGUAUAUCGAGAGCAGGAAGGACUAAAAACUUUGAAUGGAGAGCGCAUCGGAGAGCCAGUGGUCAAGUGCGUACAGUACGUAUAUAUACACUAA